CAGAGAGAGAGAGAGAGAGAGAGAGAGAGAGAGAGAGAGAGAGAGAGAGAGAGAGAGAGAGAGAGAGAGAGAGAGAGAGAGAGAGAGCAUAAAAUUAUCGUGUAAACGAUGGAAUAAUUUGCUGCGUAUAAAAAAUACUCAAGUAUAAAGAAUAUCGUAUAAACCAAACGACAGGUGUACACUUACUUAUGUACACAUAUAUUUUAUGUAAAUACUAGUAUAUCGAUUUCGAGGGCUCGAGAAAACUUUCCUUUGAUGAUCGAAGGGAAGAUUGUUUUCUCUGAUAUAUCUUAUCUCGAAUAAGAAUACGUAAGAACAACGCCAUGUUCCGAUAUCGCCAUUGAUAUCGAUAUCAGUAUUGAUUUGGACGUUGUUCAUGAUCGAUCGAAUCGCAAAAAUCAUCUCUCAGUCCCGUGAUUAAAAGAAUAGAAGAGAAAAAUAUUGGAUAUUACAACAAAUAUUUUACAUUUUUUAACGUUAACGUUCCUAUAAAAAGGAAAGAAGAAAAAAGUUAUUUCACUUAUAUCUAAUUUUUCUUUUUUCGACGACGAAGAUUCGUAAUUUCUUUUUUUUUCUAUUCUUUUAUUUCUUUCUCCUUUUUUUCUGCAAUCGUUAUGGCGAGACGACACAGGCAUAUGAUCGCAUAUAGAAUAUUAUUCGUGAUAGUCAUACCUGCUAUGUACUUUCUUUGCGUUAGUAUCGCUGGAUAUAAUUCAAAAGAUCCUACAUCUGUGAGCGGUUAUAGGAAGGCUCAUCUACGCAAACUCCUACAAACGGCCGAAGUGGAAAAGGUAAUAAUAGGAGAGAAUUGCACAGCACCGGCUAUUGAUGAGUUCCCAUCGGACGGAUUUACGCGAGUAGAACGACGAUCUGGUUUCAUAGCGAUUCAUUUCGCCAUUGCUAUUUAUCUAUUUUUACUUUUGGCCAUCGUCUGCGAUGAUUUCUUCGUACCUUCGAUAAAGAAAAUAUGCGAAAAGAUGAAGGUGAGCGAGGACGUCGCCGGUGCAACCAUUAUGGCAGCUGCUAGCUCCAGUCCGGAAUUAUUCAUCAAUGUCAUUGGAACUUUUAUAACGGAAGGGGAUUUAGGUGUAGGUACGAUCGUUGGUUCCGCUGUGUUCAACAUACUUGCUGUGCCAGCUUGUUGUGGAUUAUUUGCUAAACAGGCACUAGAUUUAGAAUGGUGGCCCAUCACACGCGAUACCUUGGCAUACUCUUUCACUGUACUUUUAUUGAUUAUAACACUUCGAGACGGUCGUAUCGAGUGGUACGAAGGCUUGAUUCUCAUCAUAUUUUAUAUACUUUACAUUUUGGCAAUGUGUUUCAAUCGAAGAAUCAGUGGAUUUAUGAAACGUGUCACGUCGAAGAGAAAACCGUACAAGAGUAUCUCCGAGAAUAGUCCUCUUAUUCCUAGUACGUACACAAAAAACGUCGACAUCGAGAAUUUCGGUACGAGUGAAGAGGAAGAAGCACUUGAAAUCGUAAGUAUGACAAGUUGGCCGAGCUCGAAGUACGAAAGAAUAUGGUGGGUUUUAACAUGGCCGAUCAAUCUGGUACUGCUCGUUACGAUUCCAGAUUGCAGGAGAUCAAAAUUAAGAUCAUGGUAUCCUCUAACAUUUAUCAUGUGCAUCAUAUGGAUCGCUAGCACGUCUUACAUAGUAGGAUGGGUAAUCACCAUUAUCGGUGAUACAUUCGAUAUUCCUGACUCGAUCAUGGGAUUGACUUUCCUCGCUGCUGGAAUGAGCGUACCUGAAGCUGUAUCUAGCGUUAUCGUAACAAAUCAAGGUCUUGGUUCCAUGGGUAUAAGUAAUUCGAUAGGUUCGAAUGUAUUCGAUGUUCUACUUUGUCUAGGAUUACCAUGGUUUGUGAAGGCCGCCAUAAUGCCGACCAUACCUGGGGAACAUAGCGUUAAAAUUAAUUCGCAAGGUCUCGUUUACAGUUCUGUAUCUCUCUUUUCUACAUUAUUCGUCCUAUACAUAUCUCUCGCGUGUAACAAAUUUAAAUUAAAUCGUGGCAUUGGUGUAACAUGUCUUAUCACAUACGCCAUAUUUUUAAUAUUCGCAUCAAUCGUAGAACUUAAUAUCUUUUUCGUCGUCAAUUUACCCGUAUGCAAUCAUUGACGAUGA